AAGAAAAAGAAAAGGGGAAAAAAAAAAAGGGAAACACCUUAUCCUCUCUCUCUCUCUCUCUCUGAUUCUCUUUGAAGGUCCGUCAAUGGCGUCUCAGAUCUAAGGAACUCUGUUUUGUUGUUAUUUUGUUGUUGCGAAUCUGUGGAGAGUUGUGAGGAGCUUUGAGCUGGUUUUAAGAGCUGCGACAUUCUUCUUGGUGAGGAAGGGAAGGAGAAAUUAGGGCUAAUUUUUUUGUUGUGUUUUUGAGAUGCUGAGAAUGGCGAGUACGUUUCAGGAGGAUGUGUUGGAGCAUGUGUUUUCGUUUAUACAGUGUCAUAAGGAUAGAAACUCGAUCUCGAUGGUGUGUAAGUCGUGGUAUGAGAUUGAGAGGUGGUGUAGGAAGAGGAUUUUUGUUGGGAACUGUUAUGCGGUGAGUCCUCAGAUUGUAAUCAGGAGGUUUCCGGAGGUGAGAUCUGUGGAGUUGAAGGGGAAGCCGCACUUUGCGGAUUUUAGUUUGGUGCCUGAUGGUUGGGGUGGGUAUGUUCAUCCUUGGAUCGUGGCUAUGGCUUCUGCGUAUCCUUUGCUGGAGGAGAUCAAGUUGAAGCGAAUGGUGGUUACGGAUGAGAGCUUGGAGCUCAUUUCCAAGUCUUUUAAGAAUUUUAAGGUUCUUGUGUUGAUGACUUGUGAGGGGUUCAGUACUGAUGGGCUUGCGGCCAUUGCUGCCAAUUGCAGGAAUUUGAGAGUGUUAGACUUACGAGAGAGUGAUGUGGAAGAUCUGAGUGGACAUUGGCUCAGCCAUUUUCCUGAUAAAUAUACGUCACUUGUAUCCCUCAAUAUUGCCUGUUUGGUGUCUGAGGUGAGUAUUUCUGCAUUGGAGCGUCUCGUGGAUAGGUGUCCAAACUUACGGACACUGUGGCUCAACCGUCCUGUUCCCCUUGAUAGGCAUCCCAACCUACUUCGUCGAGCACCACAGCUAGUUGAGUUUGGUGCGGGAUGCUACACAGCGGACUUGAGAUCUGAUGUUUUUUCGAACUUAACAACAGCAUUCACAAGCUGUACAGAAUUGAAAAGUUUAUCUGGAUUUUGGGAUGUGGUUCCUGCAUACCUUCCUUCCGUUUAUCCCACUUGCUCUAGGCUAACAUCCUUGAAUUUGAGCUAUGCCACAAUUCAGAGUGACGAUCUUACCAAGCUUAUAAGUCAAUGCCAUAAUUUGCAAAAGCUUUGGGUGCUGGAUUACAUUGAAGAUUCUGGCCUUGAAGCCCUUGCAGAUACUUGCAAGGAUCUUCGAGAAUUAAGAGUGUUUCCAUCUGAACCAUAUGGUCCAGAACCAAAUGUGUCUUUGACAGAACAGGGUCUUGUCUCUGUUUCUGAAGGUUGCCCAAAGCUCCAAUCCGUUCUGUACUUCUGUCGUCAAAUGACAAAUGCUGCCUUAGUGACCAUUGCCAGAAAUCGACCAAACAUGACACGAUUUCGUCUCUGUAUUAUGGAGCCACGAACUCCUGAUUACCUCACAAAUCAGCCGCUUGACGUGGGCUUUGGUGCCAUUGUUGAGCAUUGCAAGGAUCUCCAACGCUUUUCCCUCUCUGGCCUUCUUACAGAUAGAUGUUUUGAGUACAUUGGGAAUUAUGGCAAGAAGCUAGAGAUGCUAUCUGUGGCAUUUGCUGGAGAUACUGAUUUAGCACUUCAUCAUGUGUUGUCCGGAUGUGAUAGUCUUCGCAAGCUGGAGAUUAGGGACUGUCCUUUCGGUGACAAAGCUCUUUUGGCGAAUGCUGCAAAGCUCGAGACAAUGCGAUCCCUUUGGAUGUCUUCUUGCUUGGUGAGUUUUGGAGCAUGCAAAUUGUUAGCUCAGAAGUUUCCCAAACUUAAUGUUGAAGUUAUAGACGAGAGGGGUCACCCAAAUAUAAGGCCCGAAAGUUGUCCCGUGGAAAAACUUUAUAUAUACCGUAGUGUUGCUGGGUGUCGCUUAGACAUGCCCGGUUUCGUGUGGACAAUGGAUGGAGAUGCUUCUCCAAGGCUUACUUGAUGCAACAACUGUCAACAACCCAGUGUCAAAGCCUAGCAAGUGAAGCUCACAUAAUGGGAAUGGAAUUGGUAGUAGGUACAUGACCUUUAUAUGCUCUAUUCAGUACACUCCUAAUGUAGUUCUGUGUCAAUAACAUAAUUUGCAGCUCUAUUUAAAUGGAGCGAGGUACAUUUACAGAGGCAGAGGAACUCCAUUGCCAUUCAUUUUAUACUUUACCACCGGAGCUGCGGGGAUGGAUAGACAGACAAGCAUUAAGUGAUCAAUAAAGAUAUCAAAGUUUCUUCAAAACUUCAUUGUACUGUACCCCAAUUCGCAGUCACCACGAAUACUAUGGGCAGAAUCUUUUGCUUGUAUGUUCAUUAGACAUUCAUUUCAGAUUUCAACUGAAAUUAGUUCUUGUCCGAAAUCCAUUCUGGUUUCUCAAUGGCUGUGCUCGUUCAUUAUUCUGUCGACGAAUGUGAUAACGACUAAUCCGUUGAUGCAUCGUCCUCUGCAAUCUGCUGUUAAGAUAAGAUUACAUCGAAACAUAGUCUAGAGAAACUUGAAACUCAGACUGACCCACUUGAGAUUUCAGUAAAUGAGAUGAUUUGUGUAGAACAGAACUGAUUUAUGUUGAGAAUUAAGGAUCUGUUUCAAAAGUAUGAGAGGAAGGAAGCAAGUGAAUAGUUGGCAAGUGUUGUAGUGGGAGAGAGAAAGAAGGCUUUAUCGAGUGUGGAGCCAGGCGGUAGAGAGAUUGGAAGCUUUUUUAUUGUUUUCCCUGUUGGGUACUUUGUUUAUUAUUCUUGUUGAUUGAUGGGUUUCUAUACUUAGCAGGGCUGAAGAAGGAAGAACACCUGAGGAGAUGACCAAAAACAAAAACAAAAACAAAAACAAACAGAGUACUUAAAGACUGCAACUCCAUGUUUAAGUGCUUUUAUUAAUUGGUCUGAUGAGCCUGCCAGAGCAGCAGAAGAGAGAGAAAAAGAGAAAGAGAGAGAAAUUGCAGAGUGAAAGUAACUCAACAGAGCAGAGCAGAGCAGAUCGGAGCAGAUUUAUGCAAUGUGAUGAACAAGAAAAAGGAAAAAGGAAAAAGCAGGUCAAAGCGACGAAUCUGUUUCUGUGAAAAGGUGGGUUUGUUGUUUGUCAAUUUGCAGACAGAUUUAUUGGUUGAUGAUAUGCCCCACACGUUGCCCAUC